AUGGAUACAUGCCGAUCUUCUUCCUCUCAUUGUCCCCACUCAACAAGGAAAAGUCCAAGGUUAUUAUGCCAAUCCCUCUACUCGUGCCUUUUUAGGAAUUCCCUAUGCACAACCACCCAUUGGUUCCAAUCGUUUCAAACCACCCAAGAAUUACCUCAAACUCCCAAUCAACCACAAUUAUUCAACGCCACUCGUUUUGGAUAUGUUUGUGUUCAACCCAAAGAUAUGGGAAUUGUUUAUGAACAACCCAUGAGUGAAGAUUGUUUAAUUUUGAACAUUUGGACACCUGCCAAUGUCACAUCCAAUGCAUUGUUACCUGUCUUUUUCUGGAUUCACGGAGGAGGUUUCAAGAAGGGUUCUGGAAAUAUCUAUGCGGGUGAUCAUUGGGUUCAAGUUGCUUCUGAAUUGAAUGCUCCAUUAAUCGUUGUUUCUGUGAAUUAUCGAUUGGGAGUUUUUGGUUUUUUAUAUGAUUCCAUGUUUUAUGCUGAAAAUGGAAAAACUCCUGGAAAUUGGGGAUUAUUGGAUCAAAUCAUGGCUUUGAAAUGGGUUCAACAGAAUAUUGCCAAUUUUGGAGGAGAUCCCAAACGAAUUACCAUUGGAGGAGAAAGUGCAGGAGGUGUCUCGACAGCUCUUCAUUUAGUGACACCAUUACUCGUUCGAAAUGUGGAUUUUAUUGGAGCCAUCAUGCAAAGUAGUUUGACCAUGCCAUGGGAAAUGCAAUUUUCACAAGACGAAGCUCAAUCUCAAUCCAAUGCUUUGAAAACUGCUCUCAAUUGUUCAUCCAUUGAGUGUCUUCGUUCCUUAAAUACUCAAACCGUUGUGGAUUAUCAAUUCAAUUUACCCACUGAUGAUGUCUUUAAACCAGCAUUGGAUAAUUAUUAUUUACCAGCUCCAUUCUAUGAAUUACUGGAAAAGAAUGUGAACGAUACGACUCGAUCUGAAGCAGUCAAUGUCAUUGUUGGAUCGACUCUCAAUGAAAUGAAUGGAUUUACAUGUGGAGUGUUACCUGAAAAUCUCACAGUUCCUCAACAAAAAGCAGUAUUGGGAAAUUACUUUGGUUUCUCACAAGCAGUCAACUCGAUUUAUCCUCAAUUACCAAAUUAUUACAAAUCUCCAUCUGAAUAUCCCAAUACGUUGGCUUAUAUGAAUGAAAUUCUUUCGCAUGCAGUGGUUCAAUGUGAAUGUCGUUACGUGAGUGCUUUACAUUCCAAACGUCUCUAUAAUUCCUAUUUGUUCACAUUUGAUUACCAUUUUUGGUUUACCAAUCCAUGUUUUGGAUCGACACACGGAGCAGAAGUUGCCUUUCUAUUUCCAAGCAUGUUAAAAACCAGAGCGGGCAGUUACCCCUAUAAAUUGAAUCCUCAAGAAUUGGAAUUAUCCAAAGAUCUCAUCAUGUAUUGGUCCAAUUUCAUCGUGAGUGGAAGUCCCAAUCGAAAUGCAUUGAAUUUAUAUUCAUUGAAUUUGAUGAGAAAUAAUGGAACAGCCAAAUAUUCGUUACCUGAGUGGCCAAGAUAUAGUGUGUGUAAUGAUUCUCAAUUGAUCAUUCGAAUGGGAAAUCAUGCAGUAGAUCAUGGCAUCAUGUAUGGAAAAGUGUGUCCAUUUUGGAAUCCAUUUGAACAAUUACCAGUAUUGAAAUGUAAUGCUUCAGAGCCAAUUCCAACCAAUCCUUAUUUGAAUCCACCAAUACCUCCUCCAGUACCAUCAAAACCUCAGGUAUCUUUUUCGGGUGUGAAACCAUUGGUGUCCACUUCGAAACCUACAAGUGCUUCAGGGACAUCACCAAAGAAGAGUGAUCGAACUUCGGAAGGAGUGACAUGGUUGAGGAUGGAAAAGAUGGGCAUGUGGACCAUCCUAUGGUGUAUGAUGAUUAUGACAAGUGUUGCAAUGAUCUUGUAG